AAUUCGAAACGAAGCCACCACGAAAUUCUCCAUCUUCUUCUUCAUCAUCAUCAUCUUCUGCUUCAUCUUCUUGAAUCCCCACCAAACCCCUCACGCUUCCAUGAAAUGGGCCGAGCUCUAGCGCCUCUCCCCGCAAACCUCACCUUCCUCACUCUCCUCCUCCUCCUCUUCCUCCCUCUCAUCUCUCCGUUACCGUCCCCCAAAACGCUAGAUUUCCAGUUCGGCCCCUUCGGUGACUCCAACCGCGACAACUUCUCCGUCAUCCCUACGGCCACCAUCACCAACGGGGCCCUCCAGGUCACCCCCGACAUCGCAGGCAACUUCCAUUCGAUCCCCGUCCUGAAAUACCAAUCCGGCAGGAUCCUCUUCAAAAAGGGCUUCAAGCUCUGGGACGGACCCUCCACAGCCCCCACCAAGCUCGCCUCCUUCAACACCUCCUUCGUCAUCAACAUCUACCGGAUUGACAACACCAGUACCCCCGGCGAGGGCCUGGCCUUCUUCGUUGCGCCGGACCCGAACCUCCCGGCGGGGAAUUCCGGCGGCUUCCUCGGGCUCACCACCAGCGUCACCGACGGCCUCGCCAGCAACCACCUCCUGGCCGUCGAGUUCGACACCUUCAAGCAGGACUAUGACCCGGACGCGAACCACAUCGGCCUCGACAUCAACUCGGUCGUGUCCAACCAGACCGUCUCGCUGGCGGGCCAAGGCUUCCAGCUCGCUCCGAACGGCACCAAAUUCUUCCACGUCUGGAUCGACUACGAUGGCGCCCGGAAGCUCCUGGAGGUCUACAUGACCGACGAGGACGCUUCCACACCGACGAAGCCCAAGCCGGCGCUUGCUAUCAUGACGGCCACCGUCGAUACGAGCAAGGUGGUGAGCCAGAACUCCUACUUCGGGUUCGCCGCGUCGACCGGGGAUAACGUGGAGCUCAACUGCGUGCUGAGCUGGAACCUGACGGUGGAGGAGCUGCCGAAGGACCCGGACCUGCCGGCGCGGCCGGUGAUCGGGCUGGCCGCCGGGAUCCCGGCGGCGGCGCUGGUGCUGGCCGGAGCGGCCCUCCUGGGCUUCUUCUGGGUGAGGCGGCGGAGGGCGGAGGCGAGCGACCCGAACAUAGUGGGGACGCUGAAGAGCCUGCCGGGGACGCCGAGGGAGUUCAAGUUCAGGGAUCUGAAGAGGGCGACGGGGAACUUCGACGAGAGGAACAAGCUGGGGCAGGGAGGGUUCGGGGUGGUGUACAAGGGGGUGCUGGCAGCGGAGAACCGGCAGGUGGCGGUGAAGAAGUUCUCGAGGGACGACCUGAAGAGCAAGGACGACUUCUUGGCGGAGCUCACCAUCAUCAACCGCCUGCGCCACCGGCAUCUCGUCCCCUUGCUCGGAUGGUGCCACAAGAAGAGGAUGCUGCUUUUGGUCUAUGACUACAUGCCGAAUGGGAGCCUCGACAGCCACAUCUUCUGCGGCCCGGAGAAGCAGGCUCUAGAGUGGAGCCACCGCUACAAGAUCGUCUCUGGCGUCGCGUUCGCCCUCCACUACCUCCACCACGAGUACGACCAGAAGGUCCUCCACCGCGACCUCAAGGCCAGCAACAUCAUGCUCGACUCCGACUUCAACGCCCGCCUCGGCGACUUCGGCCUCGCCCGCGCCAUCGACAAUGAGAAGACCUCCUACGCCGAGCUCGAGGGCGUCCCGGGGACGGUCGGCUACAUCGCCCCCGAGUGCCUCCUCACCGGCAAGGCCACCCGGGAGUCCGAUGUCUUCGGCUUCGGCGCAGUCAUCCUCGAGGUGGUGUGCGGCCAGCGCCCGUGGACCAGGGCCGGGUACGGCGGGUUCCAGUUCUUGAUGGAUUGGGUGUGGUUGCUCCACCGCGACGGGCGGAUCCUGGAAGCGGUGGAUGAGCGUUUGGGCGGGGAGUACGUAGUGGAAGAGGCCCGACGGCUGCUGCUCCUCGGGCUAGCUUGCUCCCACCCGACCGUGGCCGAGAGGCCCAAGACGCCGACGAUCACGCAAAUUCUUUCGGGGUCGGCGGAUGUGCCGCGCGUCCCGCCUUUCAAGCCCGCGUUUGUUUGGCCCUCGGCGAGCCCGCUGACGGAGGACGGAGAUACCGCGGACGCGACACCGACGAUGUCGUUGCUGUUCCGAACGGGCUGGACUCCAAGAUACGUGAAUAAAGAGAGCGAUACCGGGUUCAGAAAUAGCUCUCCUGCGUGAAAAAGAAAAGAUUGGAAUGGCCUUGUAGAACUGCAACAGUGCUGCGGGAAAAAGAAAAAGUUUUCUUUUUUCUUUUUUAAUUGAGACUUUCUCUAUAUCAUUUUCACUGGAGUAUAAUUUUAUUUCCUUUUUUUAGAUUUAGAAACUCAGUUGUUUUUUAUUUGGGCGUCGUCUAAUUAUUUAUAUAUUUUCUGUUAAAUCGCGUAUGUUUCUUCAAUUGGAAAGGAGGAGGUCUACAUACAAUUGUAGUUA